CGCUCGGCCACCGUCCGCCGUUUGUUUCCUUGGCUUCGGCGAGCCAAGAUGGCGGCGGCGGGUUUGGAGCGAGUCCGCGUUUCGGCGGCGGAGCUCCGGCGGGGCAUUCUGGCUACGGCGGAGGCGGCGGCGACGCACGAGAGGGGCGGCCCAGAGACCAUGAAGGAGCCCCGGCAUCGUAAGGACAACCGGCGUCCGGAUCUCGAGAUUUACAAGCCGGGGCUCUCCCGCCUGAGGGGCAAGCCAGGCCCGGCCAAGCAGCAGCUUCCGGCGGAAGAGGAAGCCGAGGAGGAGGGCCUGGGCCCUGGGAAGCCCGCGGCAGCUCCCUGCAGGGAGGACACCCCGCUCCCCCAGGGCCCCCCUGAGGACAAGGGCCAGCCCCCCAACGGCUUCCUGGAAGGUCCUCCCCAGGGCCCCGGGGGCAGCCCGCAGGACUGGUGCCCUCGCAUCGUCAGGCGAGCCAAGAAGCCCGACCAGCAGAUCUACCAGCCUGGCAAACGCCUGCAGGCCUCGCCCCGGGAGGCAGGGGCUGCCUCCCUGGCAGACGAGGAGCUCCCCCCGAAGGAGGAGAGGGGAGCAGACUGCGAGAAGGACGCCGGGAGGGCUGGCCAGGGCCCCGGGAAGCCAGGGGGCUUGGAAGGAGGGCCCAGCCAGGAAGGGGCCAGGCCCUUCCGGGGGGAGAAGGGCAGGCGGGCCGAGCGGCCCCGGAAGGCCCGAGAAGAGCCGGGCCACGGCAAGGGCAGCCCCCCCAAGCGGUACUCGCGCUCGGACAAGCGUCGCAGCCGCUACCGCACCUGCAGCACCAGCUCGGCUGGCAGCAACAACAGCACCGAGGGGGCCUGUGGGGAGGCGGAGGUGGGGAGGAAGCCCCCGGAAAGGCCCCACCCACAGAAGCAGCUCUCCGCCUCCUCCACCGACUCCCUGGAAGAGGACAGGGCCGAGGAGGGCCCCGAGGCCAGGAGGGCCCCCGAGCACAGCCGGCUCGCCCGCGGCCAGGAGGCCAGAGCGUCCCAAGGGGGGGGCUGGCCAGCCGGCAGGGGCUCCACGGCCUCCCAUCCCGACUGGCGAAAGGGCGGCAAGACUUCUGGGGCCACCUCCAGGGACCCCGCAGAGGCCGGGGAGGGGAAGCCCCAGAACCGGGGCCGAGGGAUCCUGGUGCUGCCGGCCAACACGGACCUGACCCCCAGCGGCACAGGGUCCCCCGAAGCUCCCCACGGAGGGGGCGCCCGGCUCCUUUUUGGCAGCGGCAAAGGCCCUCGCGGCUGGAGCCGGGGGGGCACGUCCCGUCGGCUCUGGGACCCCAACAACCCGGAGCAGAAGCCGGCGCUGAAGAGCCCGUGGACCCAGCUGCACUUCUUGGACACGGACGACGAGGGGGCCCCCGUGCCACGAGGGGAGCCCCGCCAGGCCCAGGCCCCCUACUACCGGUUCCAGAACUCGGACAACCCCUAUUACUACGGAGGGGCCCCGUACCCUUAUGCGGGGUACCCCCUGCCCUACCCGGUGGGCCCUGGCAGCGAGGUGUACCCUGCAGCCUAUUAUCCCACUGGCUACCCCAAGCAGGCCGAGCCUUGUGGCGCUGGGGGGGCUGGCGGUGCCCUCCCGUCUGACCCCCCCGGCCCAGAGGCGGAGCAGCAGAAGUGCCACCUGCAGCAGCAGCAGCAGCAGCAAGAGCUGGGCAAGGCCCUGCGAGAGGCAGGGCACCUGGAGCAGCAGCUGAGCAACCUCCUCUCCCGGGACAGGCUCAGCCCAGAGGGCCUGGAGAAGAUGGGCAAGCUCAGGGCGGAGAUGCUGCAGCUAUACGAGCUCUGCCUGCUGACCGACAUCGAAGUGGCCGAUGCGCAGAACGUGGACCAGCUGCUCUGGAAGAACGCCUUCUACCAGGUGAUCGAGAAGUUCCGGCAGCUGCUCAAGGACCCGGCGGGCGGGGACGGUACCCAGGAGAUCCGCGGAAAGCUGCUCCAGAUCCUGGACGAGGGCACCGUCUUCUUCGACGGCUUGCUGCAGAAGCUGCAGGCCACCUACCAGUUCAAGCUGGAGGACUACAUGGACAGCAUGGCUGUUCGCACCAAGCCCCUGCGGAAGACGGUGAAGUACGCCCUCAUCAGCGCCCAGCGGAGCCUGAUAUGCCAGGGCGACAUCUGCAGGUACCGCGAACAAGGCAGCGACACGGCCAACUACGGGAAGGCACGCAGCUGGUACCUGAAGGCCCAACACGUCGCCCCCAAGAACGGCCGCCCGUACAACCAGCUGGCCCUCCUGGCCGUCUACACGAGGAGGAAGCUGGACGCCGUCUACUACUACAUGCGUAGCCUGGCCGCCAGCAACCCCAUCCUGACGGCCAAGGAGAGCCUGACCAGCCUCUUCGAGGAGACCAAGCGCAAGGCAGAGCAGCUGGAGCAGAAGAGCCCCCGGGGCCAGGGCAGCCAGCGAAGCAGGAAGGCGGCCUUCCGGCCCUCUGGAGACGAUGCCACCCGCCUGGAGCUCUGGAUCCACCCCUCUCACCCGCGCUCCGGCCAGGGCCACGAGCCCAGCCGGGACUCCGGGCAAGACAGCGGCCUGGGCAGCCUCAGCCCCAGCGAGCUGAACAAAAGGUUCGUCCUCCGUUUUCUCCAGGCUCAUGGGAAGCUGUUUACCAGGAUUGGGAUGGAGACCUUCCCGGCGGUUGCAGCGGAAGUCCUGACCGCCUUCCAGGCCCUGCUGGAACACAGCCCCCCACCCAUCGGGAGCAGCCGCCUCCUGCAGCUCAUGGCCAUCAACAUGUUUGCCGUGCACAACUCGCAGCCCAAAGAGUGCCUGUCCGAAGACUGCCGCUCCGUGAUCCAGCAGCAGGCCUGCGCCCUGGGCCUUGCCAUGUUUGCCACCCUGGUCAAGCGCUGCACCCACCUGCUGCAAGAGGUCUCCCUGGCAGGGGCGGCUGAGGCCCAGGGAGAGGCCGAGGACGACGACAUCAAGGUCUCCGCUUUCCCGCCCGACCUGAAGGAGCUGCUGCCCAGCAUCAAGGUGUGGUCGGACUGGAUGCUGGGACACCCGGACACCUGGAACCCCCCACCCAGCGCCCUGGAACUGCCCCCCGCGACCUCGGUGGACGUGUGGGCGACCCUGGCCGGCUUCUGCAACAUCCUGACCACGGUGAACCAGUCGGAGGUGCCCCUCUACAAGGACCCCGACGAGGAGGACCUGGCCCAGCUGGGCCUGGAGGAGGACCGGCUGCUCUCGGGCUUCGUCCCGCUGCUGGUCGCCCCCCAGGAGCCCUGCUACGUGGAGAAGUCCUCGGACAAGGUCAUUGCGGCCGACUGCAAGCGGGUGACGGUGCUGAAGUAUUUCCUGGAAGCGCUCUGUGGCCAGGAGGAGCCCUUGCUGGCAUUCAAGGGUGGAAAGUACGUGUCGGUGGCCCCCAGCCCAGACGCCCUGGGAAAGGAAGCAGACGCCAGCCAGCAGGGAAAACAACUGGAGGAUCAGGAGGACGACAUCCAGAUGGAGGCCUUGCCGGACGACUCGGAGGCCAAGGCCGAGGGCAGCGGUGACGAGCUGGACAUCAGGGAGCUGCGAGCCAAGAAGCAGGCGCUGGCCAGGAAGGUGGCCGAGCAGCAGCGCCGGCAGGACAAGAUCCAGGCGGUGCUGAAGGACCAGGCCCAGCUGAGGCAGAUGGAGCUGGAGAUCCGCCCCGUCUUCCUCGUCCCGGACACCAACGGCUUCAUCGACCACCUGGGCAGCCUGGCCCAGCUGCUGGAGUGCAGGCAGUUCAUCCUAGUGGUACCCCUGAUUGUCAUCAACGAACUGGACGGGCUGGCCAAGGGCCCCGAAUCGGAGCGCCGGGCCGGGGGCUACACCCGCCUGCUGCAGGAUCGGGCCCGCCAGGCCGUGGACUUCCUGGAGGGCUGCUUCGAGAGGCGCGACAGCUACAUCCGGGCCCUGACCAGCCGCGGCAACGAGCUGGAGUCCAUCUCCUUCCGCAGCGAGGACAUUUCCCGCCAGCAGGGAAACAACGACGACCUGAUUCUCUCCUGCUGCCUCCACUACUGCAACGACAGAGCGAAGGACUUCAUGCCGGCCAGGAAAGACGACCCCAUCCGCCUGCUCCGGGAGGUGGUGCUGCUGACCGACGACCGGAACCUGCGGGUGAAGGCCUUGACCCGCAACGUGCCUGUGCGGGACAUCCCCACCUUCCUGCGGUGGGCCCAGGAGGGCUGAGCAGACCCCUUCCCUGGGAAGCCGUGCAGCUCGUCGCCAACAUGGAGGGCGGCCUCAGGGCGUGCCCGUGCCCCGUGCCAGGGCUGUUGUGCUGCCACCACUGCCACCCCACCACCACCCUCCUUCCAGGAGAACACCCAGCACAAUAAACGCAGCGUCUUCAACUCCACCUGGAAUGGCCAUGCUGUGGGUGCACGUACACGCGUGGAGAAGGAGCCCGGGGUAGGCGGUCACUGUGGAGGGAGGCGAGAGUGAGCAGGGUUGCGGCCUCGGGGGCCAGGAGGAGAGGCCAGUCGGAGGGUCCUAAGUGGGCCUUCGAUCUCCCCUGCGCAGCUGGAGCAACCCCCCCGCAGCCCUGGCCAAGGAGUUCUCGGCUCUAACUGCCACUGCUGCUCCUUGUGCCAUCAGGAGCCGGGGGGGGGGGGGAGGCACCUCCUCCCAUUUCUGUCAGCGCCCCCUCCCCUUCCCGAGUGUCUGUCUCAGGUUUUUAGCCCCUCUCUCAUCCAUGCCACCCUCCAGUCGCUCCUUCCUCUGUGCUAUGAUGGACUGAACCCCCCUGCCACUCCAAGCCAGCUCCGUCUCCGUGGUGGGCCUUGGGAGGGAGGCCAGGAACAACCCUUAAGGUUGGGGGGUAGAUGGGCAGGAAAACCUCCCUGGAGGAGAGCAAGGGAGAGGCAGAAAAAGGGGGGCUGGGUCCAGCUGUUGUGCCCCUUGGGGCUCAAGGAGGUUGCGUGGGUCGGGAGAGCUUUCCCAGCCAGAUCCCUCCCCAUGGGAAGACCUUCCUGCCAAUUGGGGGGGGCGGAGUGCCCCCGUGGGGCCACAUGCCAGGACUGGGGGGGGAGAGGGGCCUGGUUAGCUGCAGGGCAGAGGAGCCCACCUGCCUUCCCUUUGGACGGGAAUUGCCCGCCAUGGGCUACGAGUGUGCCUCUCCCGGGGCUUGGCGCGGCCCCCCCUUUGCCGAGGAGGGGGGGGUCUCUUCCACCCCUUGCAGCUUCUGACUCUGCCUGACUGGCUUGGACGGAGGGCCUGGGCCCACUUUUGUUCCCUUUUUUUUCUUAAUAAAGUUUUAGUAGAAACCUU